AUGGCCCGGGACUACGCGGGAGCCCUCAUCAGGCCCCUGACUUUCAUGGGUUCACAAACCAAGAAAGUCCUACUCACUCCCCUCAUGCAGUCCCCUCGCCCCUUCCGAGUCUCCAACCACAACCGAAGCAGCCGGCGGGGAGUGAUGGCCAGCAAUCUGAAGGAUCUGCUCACCAAGACCCUGGACGCCCUGCUCAUCACCAGUGGGCUGGUCACUCUGGUGCUGGAGGAGGACGGCACCGUGGUGGACACGGAAGAGUUUUUCCAGACCUUGGGAGAUAACACGCACUUCAUGAUCUUGGAGAAAGGCCAGAAGUGGACACCGAGCACUAACUACAUCGCCGCCCGCCAGCCGCCGAAGAAGUCGGGAAUAGCCAGGGUCACCUUCGACUUGUACAAGCUGAGCCCCAAGGACUUCAUCGGCUGCCUCAACGUGAAGGCCACCAUGUAUGAGAUGUACUCGGUGUCCUACGACUUCCGGUGUACAGGGCUCAAGGCCCUGGUGAGGAGCAUGCUGCGGUUCCUGUCCCACGCUGCCCAGGCCGUCGGGCACUUCCUCAUCUACACAGGCAAGCACAUGCUCCAAGCGCUGGGGGACUCGGAGGAGCAGACCUCUCCCGGGCUGCGCUCCAGGCAUAAAUUCACCAUCGGAUAG